CUCUCCAAAAUGCCUGCUCCUUCUUUCCCUCUCCUUCCUUCUCUCCUCCCAAUCCCCUUCUCUCACCCUAAAAUCCUUCCUCAACUCUUGCCUACAUGCAGCCACAAGAAGGAUGUCCCCACAAAGUUACUCAAUCCUCGAGAAGAGCAAGCAGGGUUCUGAACCAAACCCUCAGAUUUCUUACCAAGCGACCAGGCUAAAAGUGAAUGAGAAGAAGGGAAUUUAGACAAAGAAGUUUUGGAGGGUGCUAGUGAGGGUCUUGGGCUUGAAGGGAAUUUAUGUAGAGGAAGGGGGUAGGGUUUUAAGAUAUUUGGAAGAGGAUGGUUGUGACUGGCGAGGGAAGAGUGGAUUGGUUUUUGGGGGGGGGGUUAGGGGCAAGGUGUUGAUAUGGAAAUAGUGUUGUUUUAAAGGGGUGAUUGAGAUGAAAUUGUUAGUAUGCUGAUUAGGAAGGAUUAGAGUUUAUGUUCAUCCUUCUUUUUUAUGGAAUCUUUUAGUCUUAGAUUAAUGCACAAUUUUAGGGUUAAGUGAAUUUAGGGAAAAAUUAAGAUUCUGAAAUACUUUAGAAUAGACAAAAAUAAAAAAAAUAUAUCCUUUUUUACUUUUGUUAAACUUUAAUGAGAUGCUGACUUUUUGAAAAUCGAGGUUUAAAUUAUCUGAAUUGGGCAAUAAAACUAUAUAUCUGUCAAAAUAAUGCGAGCUUGCUACACAUCAGAACUCUUGAAGUUUAUAGUUACAAAAAUUAUAACUUCCUAUAAGAAAGUUAUACUCAAGAAAAACUCAAAAUCUUAUGAAAAGCCACCACGAAAUGAUCGUGAAUUUUACUAUCAAUACUUUCGUAAAUAUCUAGAUAGUGAUGAUGAUUUUAUCCCUUUUAGAAGAAUUAGCAAAAUUUCUUUCAACUUAUCAAAACCGUACCCCCCAAAAAACCUCCUAUUCUUCAACCCAAAUCUCUUCUAACCCUACAUCUCUCUUCUCAUACCUCUCUUUUCUCAUAUCUCUCUAUUCAGCUGUACCUCAAACUUUAUUUCUUCUAUAAAACUGCUAUUUCAAACUCUAACCAAACAAAAUGCUAAAAAUUCCUUUCUAAAAUUUCCUAUUAUUUCUAAAACAGCUAAUCCCUGGUUAAGCCCUCGGGACUCAGCUUUAACCAAUACCAUGAGUUGGAGAAGCAUCCGAACAAAACUGAGGAUAUGAGCAAUAUUUUAGGAACUUUUUAGGAAAUUAGAUAUUUGUUAGCCAAUAAUCAGAUUAGUUUGCUAUUAUUGUCCCCUUGUGUGGAAAAGAGGAUUGGAUAGUACUAAAUUCUCUCUUUCUAAGUAUAUCCGUUUUUCCUUUUAGUCCUUAGGCAACACUUUUGAAGGUUCGUGGGCGAUUUUAAGGUUAUAACAAGCUUCUUUGAUGGAACUAUAGGUGGAAUGAAUGAUUUAAUAAUUGAACUUGCUUCUAAUAAAUUUUAGAAAGAAAGUUAUUAGAAAGCCCAUGAAGCUCUUCCUUUAGUUCUUUUUAUAAGAUAUGGGAUUUUAGACAAGUUUCAUACAUUAUAGUAGCCUCUCUUAUAUUUUAGAGAUAUAGUUUUACUUUUGAGCUAUUAUAUUCAUUUCAUCUUCUUGUUGGCAUCAACUUUCAUGUUGGUUAUGGAUCUCUCAUGACAAAAAUUUUAUACUAGCAUCAUCACCAUUAUAUCCUAAGCGAAGAAUUUGAGAAUCAAUAUAAGCAUUAAUAUCUUCUGACACAUUUUCGCUAUCCGGCUCGCUAUAGCAUUCGAGUAAUUUAGCAUCAUUUUCUUGCAAAACUUCUGAUGCUAUAAAAUUUUAGUUUAGUAAGAGCACAAAAUAAAAAAUAAUUAUUUUAUUAACUUUUUCAAAUCUUUUAUCGAAGAAUAAAUAGGGGUCAUUAUAAAAAAUAAACUUUUGAGACACUUAAUUAACAAAUUUCUUUCAUUUUUCAUGCAUAUACUUACUCUGCUCUUGCUUUUUCUCUUCAGAAUAUUGCUCUUCAUCAGUCUCCUCAAAAUCUCCGACUACUUCUUCAGAAUUGACACUGUCUCCUUCUGGGUCUAAGAUGCCAACAUGACUACCAAUCUCUUGUUGCUGAAGAGCCAGAGAUAUGGGUUCAUUAGAAUUUUCCAAACUGUUACAAACCUGGAAGUUCAUUUA